AUGACUGUCGCUAAGGAGGUUAAGUUUGAUAUGCUGAGGCGUCUUCAGGUUGCCGAUUAUGUGACCUUGUCAAAUGCAUUCUGUGGAGUCCUCGCUAUAUUUAAAUCCACACACCAGUCCUUCAUCACAGCUCACGUACUGAUUUUUCUGGGGUAUGAAUUCGACCGCUUCGACGGAAUGAUAGCGAGAUGGCGUAACGAAACUUCCGAAAUGGGAAAACAACUCGACAGCUUCUCUGAUCUCACUAAAAAUCUCAAGAUUUCGUUUGUCCUAGCUCCGGUAUUUAUGCUCUACAGUCUUGGACUCCGCACCCCGGCAGAUCAAGCGAUCCUAUCCUUCUUCGUCCUCUGUGGUGUCGCCCGACUCGCCAGGUUCAAUAUCUCUUCGCACUUGACACCCAAGGACGUUUAUGGGAAGUCGCUCUACCAUGAGGGUCUCCCAACUCCGUACGCAGCUCUGAUCAUCUCGACGGCUGUGGCGGUCGCGCAGUGGUUGAGCAUCACAGAAGACCUGACCUCGCGGGUUUCAUUCCCUGAUACAUGGGGCGAGGUUCAUAUUGCCACUGUUCCAUUGAUUGUUCUCGGGGCUGGAAUGGUCAGCAAAAGGCUCAAGUUAAAGCUCGAUGGGGGACUAUCUGUUCCCGCCUCCACGGUGGUUAUCUUUGGUGCUUGUUGGUUCGUUUCCCCGCUAGACCUCUGA